UCCGAUCACAAGCUCUUCCUACAUUUCUCAUCCACCAAACAUGGCUCUAACAAAAAUCUCAUCAGUUUUUCUCAUCUGCCUCUUCGGUUUGUACUCCCAAACUGCCAAGUCGCAGUUCUGCGGCUGCUCUCCAAUCCUAUGCUGCAGUCAACAUGGUUUUUGUGGUACCUCCGACGUUUACUGUGGUUCCGGUUGCCGAUCAGGUCCUUGCAGAACAAGUAGAGAUCCUGUUGACAAGAUUGUGACUCAAAAAUUCUUUGACGGAAUUAUUAACCAAGCUCGUAAUGGCUGUGCCGGAAAAAGAUUCUACACUCGUGAAUCUUUUCUUAAAGCCGCUAAUGCUACGUUUGACUUCACUGACACUGUUACAAGGCUCGAGAUCGCUGCCAUGUUUGCUCAUUUUACUCACGAGACCGAACAUUUCUGCAACAUAGAGGAGGUAAACGGGACGUCGCGGGACUACUGCGACGAGAGCAACAGGCAAUACCCAUGUGCACGGGGAAAGGGCUAUUAUGGUCGUGGUCCUAUCCAACUAGCAUGGAACUUUAUGUACGGUGCGUGCGGCGUGGAUCUCAAACUCGACCUCCUAGGCCAGCCUGAACUAGUUGGUAGCAAUUCAACUGUAUCUUUUGAGACGGGUUUGUGGUUUUGGAUGAAUAGUGUAAGGCCAGUACUGAAGGAAGGAUUUGGAGCCACCAUUAGAGCUAUCAAUGGUGUGGAGUGUAGCGGUGGGAACUCGAGUGCUGUUAGUGCAAGGACUGGUUACUAUAGAGACUAUUGUAGACAGCUGGGUGUGGACCCAGGAGCCGACAUCACUUGCUAGAAAUGUCAACAACGAUUUUUCUUCACGGAUCUAUCAUUUUUCUAGGCUAUUUUGUCAUUAUUUAAAAAUGUAUUGACAUAACGUAAGUUUAGAGGGUGUUAUUGGUUUCUGCAUUUUAAUGGAUUUGUAAAUCCAAACUAA